AAAAUUAAUAGUAGAGUAUGGUAGAUCCUUCGAAUCAGACAGCAGAAGACACUCUUCAAGAGAAGUCACAAGAGGCUAACGGAGAAGAAGCAGAGUUAGAUGAAAAUGGAGAGUCGGCUGUGAUCGAACCCAAUGAACCUCCUAAACGAGUGCUAGUCGCAGAGUCUAAGAAACCAUUCAAACCCCCCGAUGGCCUGAGAGUGAAGGACCUUCCCCUCUCGUACAGAAGCAACAGUCAGAAGGAGGAGUUGAUUAUAGAGUAUGCGGAGAACUUCAGACGCCAGUAUGUGCACCUGUACAGGGACAGAAAACCACUGCUUUUAUCCCCACUCAACGAGGCCGGAGUUCAGAAAUUCGUGUGUCUAACAGUGCGUCCGACCCUCCUACCCUACAAGGUGUUGUGGGAUUACGACCAGGCGGCCGUGUUCGUCUCCGACUACCUCUCCUUCGAGAAACUACCAAAUCCAACAGAAAUUCCGGAGAAUCUGUUCAGCCCGACUACAGUCUUGAGUCUGCAGAGGGGCAACUGCUUCGACUUCAGUGUGCUCCUCUGUUCCCUUUUGUUAGGCAGUGGCUAUGACGCAUAUGUGGUGUGUGGAUAUGCCACUAAAGAGACCACUCUCAUGGACCAGACCAGAGAACUCUGUCCACUACUCAACAAGUCAGAACAGGCGAAGAAGGAGGAGCGAGAGGCUGAGAAGAAGAAGUACUCUGUGAAGCCCCCGAAGGACCUGAGUAGCAAGUAUGUGAGGAUGAUGGAGGAGAGGAGGGUGAAGAAGGAGCAGGAGGAGGUUGCGAGGAGGAAGGCCGAAGAUGAGGCCAGAAUUGCUGAACUGGAGAAGCCUCCUCCCGAUGAGCUAGAUGGUCUGCGAGUUCAUUGCUGGGUUCUCGUGCUACAUGGCAAACGAGAGGUGCCGGAGAACUUUUUCAUUGAGGCGCUCACUGGCCAGACGUACCCGACUACCCACCCCAACUACCAGGGCAUAGAGUCCCUCUGGAACCACAAGAACCACUGGGUCUGCAUGCAGAUGGGAGCCAAUGGAUGCAAAGACAUGUCAUUUGACCUUGGAGACUGUACCAAAUGGGAGUUCAUGUUCCCCCAGACAGAACAGCCCCAACUGCUAGUUCCCGAGCAGGAGGGCCUCGAGGAUCUAGGCGAGGAUGACGAAGAGAUGUUAGACGAGCGUGAAAUAGACCUGCCGCCUUCCUACGUGAACCCAAUUGAGAUAUCGCAGAAGGACUUUGAGAAGAGGUGUCCCAAAGGGAUGAAGACUAUCCUGUACAAGAAGGCCAAGGUGGAGAAGUAUGCAGAGUAUCUAGAGAGGGGAGGCAUGAAACCAGACGGACUAGUGCAAAAGCUGUUCGUCUACGAAGACAAUGAGUGGGCGCACUGUGUGAGUGUGAAGGAGUGGUACAAACACAGGAAGGAUCUCCUGUUUGAGCGGGAGAGUGACAAGACCACUGGACACGUCACCGAACACUUCUACCCCGGCAGACCAUCCGCCAUCAAAGACCACUCUUACCUGUCCAUGUCUCCCUACUCGCCCGAGACAGACAGGACGAUGUUGUUCUACGAGAACGUGAGAGUGGACGGACUCCUCAAGAGAGUCGAGAAGACACUUCAGCUGACGGAGGAGUACCAGAAAAGACCCGAUAGACUGUACUACAGGAAUGUCACUUUCGGAAGGAGAGCAAAGACAUUUGCACCCAGUGAGACUAAAAACUCAAGACCCAUUGAGAUAAUCGUAGAAAAAUAUUCGCGAGACCCUUCAGUGAAGGCAGACGAGGACAUAGCCGAGUUGAUCUUCCACAUAGGAGAGGAGAGGAUACUAGUCACCUAUCACAGAGACGAGAACAGAAUAGCCCCCUCCUACAGGGAGUUCACCAAGUCAGGCCAGACAGACGACAAGACCAGUGAGCCCAUACUGGGGCCAGAACACGUCACCAGCUUCCAGGCUAAAGCGAUUUGGGAUAGAGAGUGUCCCGGUCAGGUUGAUCACACGGCACCUCAGCCGAAGCACUUGGUGUUGUAUGAGACAUAUUUGACUCUAUUGAAAAGGGAGGAGGCGUCUAUCAAGACAAUCAGAGACAUCGAGGAAGAGAUAGAGCAGUUCCUGAAUCUGCGCGCGAAAGAGGAGGGCAGUCCUGUAUUGGAGGUGUCUCACUAUGACACGGAGAAGAAUGACGAAAUUAAACGACAGAGGAGACUACUCGAGAAGCAAGAGAUGGAGGAGAAGCAGCGUCGGGAAGAGAUGGAACUGGACUACCUCGCCCCCUUCUUCGCCCAGAUCGGCAGCAGCUCCGAGGGGGAGAAGGGAGGGGGGACUCUGACUGAACCACAGGCUAGGAAGAUGAAGGAAGACGCUCUGGCUGAUCUAAAGCAGAGAUUGAUUGAUAAGGCCAAUCUCAUCCAGGCACGAUUCGAAAAGGAGACUGGUCUGUUGGAGAAGAAGCAGCAGUGGUACCAGGAACAGCAACUGCUCAUGACUAAGGCGGAGGAGGAGGAGUAUCUGGCUUACUGUUCAGACGCCAUGUUCAGAAUACACAUCCUCGAACAGAGACUCGCAGCACACAAGGCCAGUGCCCCGCAGAAGUACAAAAAAUUGGAGGAGAAAUUGAUGUCAGAUCCAAGACUUGCCAAAUACAUCGCCAGAUGAAUUAAAGUUGACUAGACAAAGUUGACAAAACUCCUCGUGACUUUGCCGAAAGUUGAUAGCAACAAGUUCACUUGACUAUGAAGAUUAGAAUUGUUUUAAAUUAUCAAAAAAUUAGAAAAUCAUCGCAAAAUCUGAUAUUUUUUGAAAGCAAUCAUGAAAAAACGUCUGGUUCGUUUGGCGUCUAAUUAACCAUUCAUAAUUGAUGUAGAUUUUUUAUUAGUUUGGGAAAACUUGUUAUUACAACUUUGGCAGCGUCAACUUAAACCUUCGGAAACAGGAAAAUAUCUUGACAUUAGCUCACCCUCGAUGCUCAAACAUAUCAGAUAAUAUCUUAGUUUUACCAGUCCAAAUUGGCACAUGUGUUUUGUAAAAACCCAUGAUCAAUGUAAAACUGACAAUGGCUUCAAUUCUAAAUCUUUAUUCCGUA